UUGUCCACCCCUGAAAUUUGAAAUGUUUGUCUCUAACUGCCUUUGAUAUUUUGCAUAUGGACCAUUUUUUAACAUUUCAAAUAUAGUUAACGAUGUGCUGAUAUUCCGUGAAACAGAAAACGAUUGUCAGCGCCGACAUCGGGACUGAAUACGAGGUCGAUAUCGAGAAGACUGGAUGUAAUUGGGCCUUUUGUCAACAACAACAAGUCUGCUGCGAUGUGUAUAUGGCAACAUAUUUCAAUGUAAAUAAAUAUGGCGAACGAUUGAAUUUAAUGUCGUAAAAAUUUGCAUUACAUGGCUUUAAUGAAUUUUCUCAAAGUUCGUGCACUCGUUCAUAAAUUCGGUAGUUUUCUCAUAUAAUGCAUCUAUGAAAGUAACAAAGUAAGCUUGAUAAAAAUGCUGGUGCAUCACGUGACCAAUUAGAUCAAUGACUUAGCUCGUACCGUAGUGGUGGAACGUUGGGAGCCGAGAGUUGCUCCGACCUCUCUUUCAUCUACUGAUGACAGAAAACACCCUCCAGCAACAAUGCAUCAAGGGAGAGCUAACAUGGCUCUCGUAAAAUCUGUUGCGGAGUUGGACUUGACGGUGGUUCAUGGAUAACAGAAAGAUGGAAUCAGACCUUCCCCCAGGAUCCUGCAACUCUACUGGACAUUUGUCCACCAUUGGAUACCAUACCCUACCUGGCCGUAUGCACCACUCGGCUAGCACGCCAGCGGGGGUGGACGGAGCGGGAGGAGGAUCGCGGACUCCACCCGCUACUCCGAAGAAAGGCGGCAAGAUGCUGGCGGUCAGGGUGCAAAUGUUGGAUGACACAAUAUCUAUGUUUCAAAUACAGUCCAAAGCUAUGGGCCGUGUGCUGUUUGACCAAGUCUGCCGACAGUUGCACUUGCUGGAAGCGGAUUAUUUUGGAUUAGAGUAUCAAGAUGCAAAUGGAACACGGUACUGGUUGGACGUGGAGAAGCCGAUGUGCCGGCAGUUGGGGCUGUCGAUGCUGGAGCCCACGCUACGGUUCUGCGUCAAGUUCUAUACGCCAGACCCCGCGCGCCUGGAGGAGGAGUUCACCCGGUACCUGUUCUGCUUACAAGUGAAGCGCGACUUGGCGCAGGGCUGCAUCCAGUGUAAUGAGAAUACGGCCGCUUUGCUGGCUAGCUACAUUGUUCAAGCUGAAUGCGGAGACUUCGUUCCCGAAGAUUACCCGGACCACACUUAUCUUAGUGGAUACAAAUUCUUUCCUGGACAAGACUCUGAAUCAGAGAGACGAAUUAUGGAAAACCACAAAAAGCAUUCCGGACAAAGUCCUGCGGAAGCUGACAUGAACUUAUUAGAGACUGCGCGAAGGUGUGAACUAUAUGGCGUCAAGAUGCACCCAGCCAAAGACCACGAGGCCGUGCCACUAAAUUUGGCCGUGGCGCACUUAGGCAUUCUAGUAUUCCAGAACUUUACAAAGAUAAACACCUUCAGUUGGGCUAAAAUAAGAAAAAUAUCUUUCAAAAGAAAAAAGUUCCUUAUCAAACUGCAUCCUGAGGGUUAUGGAUAUCACCGCGAUAUCGUCGAGUUCUUCUUCGAGGGUCGCAACGAGUGCAAGAACUUUUGGAAGAAGUGCGUGGAAAACCACGGGUUCUUUCGCUGCUCCAGCGUGCCGCGCAUUCAGAGACACAAGACUCGCGUGAUGUCCAGAGGCUCCUCGUUUAGGUAUAGCGGCAAAACCCAGAAGCAAAUUGUUGAAUUUGUCAGAGAUAACUAUGUGAAAAGACAGACUUUCCAAAGGUCGGGCUCGUUCCGAGCGUCGCGCUCGCUGCGCUCCUCGCGCGGCAACGUGUCUCAGGCGCCCGCGCAGGGCACGCUGAACGCGAGCGUGUCGGCCCAUCCGCUGCUGCCGCUGCCUCCUGGCUCUGACGCGAUUUCCCUGGAGUGGGACAAGCAACCUCACUACCUGGAGGCUUCUCUGAUGAUGAAGGGCUACACAGCGGAGGAGGCGGCGCAGGCGGCGCGGCGCACUCGCAGACCUUCGGAGGGCGCGCCUCGCCCGCCGCUCACAGCUACCGCCUAUGCCGCCACGAAGGACAAGCUAUCAAAACUGUACUGCAAGCAAAUCGGGGCUCCCGAACUAGUGACCCGUGCAGAGGUCAAUCAUCAUCCUACGGAGGAUUCGCCUCUGCCUCUUCGGACGACGACACCGUUGGUUUCUCCGGAGAGUAUAUGGAGCCAGGCGAGUUCGUGUCGCGCGAAUGGUCGCGCACGCGCACCCACUCCGCCACCUCGUGCCCCGCGCCCUGCAGCAGGUCAGAGUCCUCCGCCGGCCACGGCCAUGCUCACACACACUCACACUGCCACCCGCCCUGCCACCGUGUGUCCCGCCUCCCUCUCCCCGGACCAUAGCCCUUAUCCAGAGUUUCUCCUCGCUAAACAGUCUUCCAGCUUUAAGAAAUCUUCAGAGAGGCUCGAGUAUGAGUUGUCGCAGUCUAAUAUAUACUCGACCUGCCCCUCUACACGGUCUAGCAGAUCGGGCGGGUCGCUCCUCAUCGAGGAAGCGGACGAUGGCUUGCGCGCCAGACUAGUAUGGCGUCGUAGUGCUAGCUGCCGCAACCUACGCGACUUUAGCUUCGAUGACGCUGGCCGUGCGAAACGCAGAGCAAAUAAACAGACAAGAGACACUCGUAGCAUGUUUGCCGAUUUAGAUUCGUAUUAUCCGGGAGACCGUUGUGUAGAUUCGCCUAUCACGCGGUACGACGAUGCUCGUACAUUAGCUUUUGUUCUCGGAAAUCAAAGUUCUAUAGAAUUACAGAGGGAAAUGAUAGGCAGAACUUAUUCUUCUAGUUUUCCAGGGGCAACUAGUGAGCCUAGGUUGGAUUUACCAACGUUUGUUCGUAGUGGGUCUCAGGAUGAUAUUUCACAUGAUAGUUACGAAUUGAUUGAAAGAUCCGACGAUGAGUGCUCAGAAAACCGUCGUUACGCGAGAGUGCUGCCUCGCUCCGCGGCGCACACCCGUUCGUGUUCUUUGGAUUCAGGUAACGAUCUUCCUUCAGACGAUGAAUCACUGUCUCAUCUAUCUGAAGUCGAUGACCAGGACAUGAAUAUUAACCUGAACACUGUUAAGUACAAAAGUGACAAUGAUCUACCGCUUGAUCCAUUCCUGCUAGAUGAUCCACGAAUUUUGCCCCGGGAAAAGCUUUCCGUUAGAUCUGAUGGAAGCUUUUAUAAAGAAAUAAAGAGAGCUCUUGGUUCCAGAGCUUCGAGCCAAGAAUCUAAAAGUGACUUUGGUGAAAAAAUAUCUAAAAGUAGCGCAGAGUCGAGUAAAAAAUCUCGAGAUAGUGUGUAUCACACGGAUAGCAAGAAGUCGCGUGAAACGUUAAAGAGUAAAAGUUCUGAUAGAUCGGGCUCCAGGACGUCCAGUCAAGAUUCAAAGUCCGAUUACUACGACUGUAAAAAGAACUUAUACGAUACUGAAAAUGAUGUCAGUAUCAGAAGGCGUAGUGUCACUGGUAUACAGAAUGCAUACAUAGAUCCUUUUGAACCUAUAUCGCCAUCGUCUAGUCCUGACUCUAAUAAAGAUUUUUAUGAUACUCAAUCUACUUUUAUCGAAAUGGAAAAACUAGAGUAUAGGGAUAAGAUGCUUUUCGAUAAGUCGCAUGAAGAUUUGAUCGCAAACUUAUCAGAUGCUCCCAAUUUUUAUCACAUCCCUACCCCGUACUCUACGUUUCCUAGUAAUAAUAAACACCGAGAACACAGUCCUAUGCAUUCUGCAAGUCUUCAGAAUGUGGAAUUAGAUCAGUACAUUCAUUAUUCGGACGUGAGUCCUCCUAAAAAGAUGGACGAUUUCUCGACGGAAGAAGAAGAUGUGCCUCCUCAAACUACUCAUAUAUGGCCCGAAAAAAUUGUUGGCCUGGACACUGAAGUCGAUAGUAGUCGAGCGUCAAAAAUACAAAGCUACCAGCGUCGCCGGUCUUCUGAAACAGUAUUUAGCUUCGAUAAAGAGAAAAUAGAAUCAUUGACUAGUUCACUUAGUAAAGAUUCAACCACAUCGCACCUUGUAAAGGAAUCAUCCAACGAAUCUGAAGUAAAUGUACGUAUACUCCCCGCUAUGGAUAGUAUUGAAUAUGCGAAAAAUAAAGCGAAAACUGCCUCCAUUCAACCGGGAACUUCAUCUAUCUUGCAAUCUGAGUUUGAUAAAUCAAUGCGGGGAAGAGUUUACACUCACAUGGUAAGGAAAGAAAAUUUAAAAGAAGAACUUAUGGCUAAAACUCAUUUUGAUGAAUACAAUCCUAAGUUGAUCCUUGAGACUAGUUCAAGCAGCCGUUUGGCAGAUACGUCUAUCCCAUAUACACAUCCAACUGUAGAACGGACUAAAAGUGAUCCAAAUAGCCUCGCUAAUAGGCCUAGGUUUAGUAGUGUAAACUCUCGAAGACAUGUUUUGAUGCACCAGAAAUCUAUUGAUUUAACUCCUGCUGAAUCUAGCGACGAAGAUUAUAUAUUCCGUCAAAUACCAAGCGCUCCACCCAUUGCAACAAAGCGCUCACAUUUCGAACUGCCCUCAAGAAUCCCAGAUCACGGACGUCCACCAUUUGAUUUGCCAAAAAAUUAUUUUAAAGAAUUUGACGCUUUUAAAGCAGGUUUUAAAGAUAAUAAAAAGAUUCCUGAUGACGGUUAUGACAUACCAUACGUACUACAUAAAAGACAUGUCAUGAAUGGAACUGCUCCGUCUCCAUUAGAAGACAAGAGACAACCUCCUGAUAUUAUAAUGCUGCCGCCACAAAAUGGCCGUCACAUUCUUAAUGCGCAUUCAAGGUGUAAGUACCACGACCAUCCUAAAUCACCACGUUCACCGAAAUCUCCAAAAUCACCAAAGUCUCCGAAAUCGCCAAAGUCUCCAAAGUCUCCAAAAUCUCCAAAAUCCCCUAAAUCUCCAAAAUCGCCGAGAAACAGCAUCCAAGUCGAUCACGCAUCAAAAUUUUUAGAAGUAGAGAAUCGAGACUUUUUGUUCACUCAAAAUAUCGACUUAUCCAAAGUAGACCCAGUUACAUUAGAAGUAGAUAAAAGUGGGCAACUGCAGCAUCUGCCAAGUCCUAAAAGGGAUAUAUCUAAACAUUUGGAUCCGGCACUUCUAGAAACUUUAAACUCAAAGUUGAGUCAGAUCGAAAGUGAUUCUGCUACUAGUUCGAAAACCGACAGUAUACGGCAGGAAACACAAUAUUCUCAUGAUAUUAAGUUUGCACUUAAUGGCCGUAAUGUUCAGCAGCCUCCUAUUUGUAAGGAACCUAAACCGAUGUCAGCAGCUGAAAAACUACGCGCGGAUAUUAAAUCGAAAUCAGAUAAAUUACCAUCUAAAAGAGGUCAAAAAGCUCGAGGAACUGGAAAAAAAGGAAGCUGUUGUAAAAUAAAAGGUAAAAGUAGUAACAAAAUAAGAAUUACUUCUUUCUCCUCGGACGAUGAAAGUGUUGAUUCGGAUGAUGUGUUUGGUACAACUGAAGCGGCACCUAAACUUGAAUUUUCACCACCGCAAUCGCGUAAAGAUCUCGAACCGAUCUUACAGCUCGAGUAUGAUAAAAUUACGUCUGGUGCUUGGCAUAGAGGCCAAACAAUGAGCUCUACUGAAAUUGAAGGUUCUCCACCUCAGUGUAGGAGAUUAGUUGAACUUGAGGCUAAGUACAAUCCUCAAAUACUUGAAAGUAUUUCCGGAAAUGCUACAGAGUUACGAAGGAUUUCUGAACGGUCAAUUUCCAUUCCUAGUUCUGAGGACGAUAUAGCUAUUAAAACUCCUGAAGUUAAGCAACUUAGCAAAGAAAGUUCCACCUGGGAAUAUAAUGAAAAUAUUCCAUCGCCAAUAUUAGAAAGUACUGAAUUUCUGAAAAGUGAUGACGAACAUUUAGCUGACAUGGAAAUCCAAAAAGUGACAGGAAUACUUCCGCCGUCCGAGGAAAAGAAUGAUCGUUCAAAAGAAUCUAAGAAAGACUUUAAUAGACUUGAUAUAAAAAAGAGUUUACGUGAUGAAUUGAUUUCACCUAUGCUUCGUAAAACCGGCGGCACUCCGAUUUUAUUUGCUCAUGCUAGGUUGAAUCUAUCUGAAGGUUCGGUUUUUACUUUACAGCGUCAAAAAGCUACACAAGAUUCUCCAACUGUUAGCCGCAGAGCUAAAAGUUUAGAUACACCGGUUAUACAGCUCCAUAGAUUACCACCUAUGAAUGCAUUUUCAUCUAAAGAUGAUACGGUUGAAGAUAUAAACGAAGAAGGAGAAAUAUUAGAAGAAAAAUCUCUAAUUGAUGAUAAAAAUCAAAAAAUGUAUUCUAAAGUCGGCGAUAACAUAAGUAAAAUUGAGGAAGUUGAAGAGGACCAGCCAUCUGAGACUCCAAAAGAAUUGAAAUCCAUAGUAAUUGAUACUGAAGAGCUUCAGUUAUUGGACGAUUUGGUCGAACAACGUCGCCCACGAUCAUUCAAGAGAAGGUAUGAUAUGACCAAAUUGAAAUCACAAAUAAAGUCUCCUAACCGAUCACCGUUAACUAGGUCACCUUUGUCUAGGUCACCUAUAUCAAAAUCUCCAUCUAGAUCUCCGACAUCUUCAUUAAAUUCACCAAGAGGCAGCAUAAGAAAGUUAUCAGAUUUGAGUGAAGAUCAAAUAGUUCCAGAUAUAGAAAGAAUCAAAAGGAAAGAAAAGAAGAAAUUGACUUUAAAAUCUCGUCCUGAUGAAAAGCAGAAAAACAGCAAUAAAUUAAAUAAAGGUGGAUCUCUUGACACAAAUGCCACUCAAGUUAAGGCAUUACACACUCAAAAGUCACUGCCAUCAUCUUUAAAGGAACGUCCAGAUUUUCUUACAGUACCUCCUCUAGAUAUGGUACGAGCUAAAAGUCAAGAACUGGAACAAAUGUCUAAGAAAACAGUAAAAGAGAAGUCUAAAUCAUUGGAAAAAAUGGAAGUGAGACGUGGAAGUAGCAAGGAAAGGACUAAGUCGCAAGAAGAAAGCGAUACAGAAAUAGCAAAACGUAAAGAAAAGCAACAAAUGUUAUUCGAAGCAGCUCUGAAGCAAACAAAAACACUCAUCAGCCCUGUAAAAGACACGAUGCCAACAUUUCCUCCUCCUGAAGAUAAAAUCUUGGUUAAAACAGAGGGAGAUAAAAUUAUAAUAGAAACUAAAAUCAGUAGCAAGGUUGAAGAUCAUGUUUUUAUUGCUAAAUCCCCGAAAAAACUAGAUAACAAAUUGAGUGGGAAAAUUAGCCGUAGUUUUGAGGAUCCAAAGUCAUCGAAGGCUAGUAGUAAAAUGAACAAAAGCAUGGAUGACAAAACCAGCCAAUCGCUAGAAGAUAAAUUUGAUGAUAUUGAGGAUUUACAAAAGUCACCGAAGACUUUAUCCAAAAAACAAGAAAUAAAACAACAAAUUGAGGGCAAAGUUGUUUAUCAAAAAAUUCAAUCUAGUAUAAAAUCAAAGAGCUUAGAACGUAAAGUUGAUGUCCAUAUAGAUUUUAAAUUAAAAUCUAAAAGUCUAGAUAGAAAUUAUGUUACGCCUCCAAUCAUGACUGAGUUGUUACCUACAGCUGCAGAUCGAUACUUUAAACAGGAAGUUGUUAAAGUCGAUGUUCAUCCUACCGUAAAAGAGGAAGAUACUGAGGAUAAAUAUGCGAAAGAAGUUUCUCCGUCACAUAGUUUCACAGAUAAAUCGGGUGAUUCCUCAAUUGAGUGGAUAACUAACUCGUUUAAUACUGUCCUAGAAAAUGAUACUCAGACGGUAAUAAUGGAACGUAGAAAAAUAGAUAUAUACAAUAAACAAAGACAAACUGAAUUGCAUGGAAGUAAAAGUAAUCAAAAUGUCCAAAGCUUACUUGCCUCUGACAGCAAGCCUGAGGUAGCGCGAUUAACAAGCGAAGAAGAAUCUCUUACCGAAGUAAGUGAAUUAAAACUGUUCGAUGAAAGUCACGUCUUGGGAAUUCCAUUGCCUUACAUAGAUGCUGACAGUUCUUCUGAUCAAGACCAAGCUUCGAAGAAAGAACUCAAUUCGAAAUUUUAUCGAGGUAGAAGUGAUGAGUCUAAUUCCUGGGGAGGUAUGGAUUAUGAUGGCUUCACAGAAUCGACAGAGCUACCGUUGUCGGAUACGACCGUUAUGAAAAGAAGUAAAAAAGGUUUAGACACGCAAGGUACUUUUGAUGAAUCCUCUGCAAGUUUAGUAGAGUUUUUACGUCAAGAAUCACAAAUUUUGUCUGAAUCCGACACAGAAAAGGGUAUGAAAAAUAAACCAAAAUCCAUUGAUUUACCAUCAAAAUGGAAAAAUAAAAACAAAAUCAUCGUAACCCCACCCCAAGAAAAUAGCCCUACAUUGGAAAAUAUACCCUUUAUUGACUCGAAUACCUCAAAAUCCACAAAAAAUACUGAAUCAGGAGAACAUACCGGUAGCUCAGGGAGUGCAACUGAGGUGUCACCAACAGACCAAAAGGUUUUACUAACAGCGAAGUCAAGACGUAGUGAACUGUUGAAAUUAAGUGCUGAACGGUCUCGCAGCUCAGAGUCCACUAGUUGGACGAGCAUAGAAAAGGAUGUGAGCCCUUCUAGUGCUAACAUGAAAGGCAGCUCCAUAGACGACGAGUCCAGCGUAAGUUGUUCUAUUGCCAGGCCAUUAGGCAUAUCUCAAGAUAUUGAGAAGUUAAACAAAAAAGAUAGAGAGUGCCUUGAAGAACUUAAGCAGUCAAUGGAGUAUGGAGAAGAACAUCUAGUUUCACAAUCUAUCUUAUCAAGCGAACAUUCAAAAUCAAAUUCUAAAUCUCCUUCUCCCAUUCCUGAAUUAAAUCGUAUUGAGAGUCCCCGGAGUCCAUCAAAAUUCAGCACUAGGAAAUCACCUACACCCACACUAGAAAAACAAGGACCAGUGGAUUCACAGAAAGCUCCAACUGAUUCAGAUUCCAGUUCAGAAUCUGUUGAUAAAACUGUUGAACAGCUUUCAAGACCUAAUGUGAGAAAGAGUGGCUUAGAUAAAAUAGGCAAAUGCGUUAUUGAAGAAUCUGAAUCUAGUCAGUCAGCUGCAUCUAAAGAUGUUAAAAAAGAUUUACCACGAACAAUAAAGAAAACGAAAAUUGCAAUCACUAUAUCUCAAGAAGACCAAAACACGACUAUUGAUUUUGACGAUGAUGGAAAUGUUAUUACUUCCACGUCUUUUGAAAAAGAACUUAUGAAGAAGAGGUCUCUUAAAGAUACUGACCAAAAAAGUUCUUCUAAAUCAAGUAUGGAUACAACAACUACUACAUCUAAAGGUUCCCUCAGCGUAGAUGAUUCCUCUUCGAGAAGAAAAGGACGCCUUGACGAGCAAAAAAGUUCCUCUAAAUCGAGCAUGGACUCUAGAGGUUCACUUAGUGUUGAAUCCAGAGGAUCUUUUGAAACUACUGAAUCAACUUCAGGUUCUUUAGGUGAAGCGUAUAGGCGUGGCGAAGAAUUAAAGCCAACAUGGAGGCCAUUCUUUGGAGCUUCAGGGAGUGAAAAUAGUACAAGUAUAGAAGAAGCGUGGAUACCACAAGAUCAUGAAGGUUAUGAAAGCUUAACAUUAAAUAAAGAAGUCUUUGAAUUUAAUAACCAACGGUCGGUCGAUGACUUUCAAACGUUUUCCAAGAAUGCACCUUCAGCUAAUUCUUCCGAAUGUUUAGAAGAAGCAGGGGACAGGGGUGGGUUUUUUGAGCCUGACUUUACAGAUGACCUUAAUGAUUUUCCUGUUAACUUUUUAUACCCAGCUACGUCAUCUACUGCAACUGACGUUGUUAUUGGUUAUGGACAAAACUUUGGUCGCACUUUGUCUAGAAUAUCUGAACGUAGCACAGCUUCAGAAAAGACGAGUGCAGAUGAAGAUUCGACCAAGGCUUGUUCAAGAUCUGAAAGUAUUAAUGAAGAGUCUUUGAAUUCUAGUGACCAUCAAGCUAGUCUCAGUUCGGAUCCACCUAGUAACGCUAAUGUAGCUUAUAUUUCGGAUACGGAUAGAAGAACAUCCGCUGAGAUGCCCGAUAUACCAAUAGAUCAGGCCAAAAUAAGUGAAAUGUAUUCAGAAUCUAAAAAAGAUAUAGACAAGAAAGCUAAAACCUCAAGUAAUCAGGAAACCAAAGUCUUGCACGAAGACUUUCAAAAGAUUAGCACGGCAUCUCGCACGGCUUCAUUAAAACAAUAUCUCCCCAGUGAAAGUCAAGACUCUGACGACUGGCCCUUACCUGAACUUCCACCUCAAGCGUCUAAAGCAGCAGACGUUAGUAGUACCAGAAGAUCGAGUGAUUAUGAUCAAUGGCCCUCUCCGCCUUCAAGUUUAUUAGAGACUCCAAUUGUAGAAAAAGUCCAUAUAUAUUAUAUGAGUAACGAGCCUGAACAAGCUAUGAAGGUCACUAUUCAGCCUGAAAGUUCUAAAGACAACAUGCAAGGUUCUGAUGAUGAUAGUGAUACGCUAAACAAUGAUGAAGAAUAUGAAAAAGAUGGGCAUGACAUGAAAUCGAUGAAACAAGCACAGAAAAAAGGACGUGGUAAUAUUAAAAAAAAAAUUAAAAUAAUACCUUACGAACAGUCUGGAUACAUGGUUGAACCGUUAGAAAAACAAGAUGAGACUACUUGCUUAAACAAGGGCGUGGUGCCCAAUUACGAUCAAUCAUGCUUAAGCGGAACGAUUAGUAAAGCUUCUUGUCUUAUUGGUGACAUGGGUUCAUGUUGUUCUCGUGCUGAACAUAAAACUGUUGGCGUUAGAAGCAGUUUGGAAGACAAAGUUAUUAUUAGUCAGCCAUUGAAAUCACCUACUACACAUAGUCCCAUUUUCGAGGAUGACCCCUUGUUCGCUGAUGACGUCUUCGGGGGUGAUAGUAAAUCAUUAUCGCCAGAUUUAGAAAAAGGAUUUUCUCAGGUUGGAACACCUAAGUAUUCAUGUGGUUCUAAUAAUUCAGAUACAUCCAUAGAUGAUCUUCUGUCUCAGACUAAUGCUGAUGAUACUGUACGCGCGAUGACUAAAUUGAGUACUGGUAGUUCGAGCACAUGCAAACGUUGUAGUCACAGCAGUCAUUCAGAAGAAGAAACAAGUUCAUUUGGCACCGAUCUGGAUGGCACUGUCAAAAUUGGCUUACCUCAGAAAAAAUGUACCCAUAGUUCGCAUUCGGAAGAUACCUCUAUUUGUUUAAGCAUUUCUGAGUGGUCUACUGGAACAAAUACAGUUCGUCAGUAUGCUAAUCUUUCGGCAUCUGAAAGCAUCUCGGCCAUUUCAGUUCCGAAAACCGACAAAUCUGAUAAUGCAGUUGUUAAAGUACAUUCUUCUUCCCUUACAAGUAAGAUAUCGGAAAAAAAAGUCAAAAUUGGUUCACAGGCAGAUCAAGGCUCUAAAAGCAGUAGUUUAGAUAAAAGUACCGAACAUAUUAAGUAUGAUAAACUAUGCAGUUCAGAAACUACUAUAUCUAGAAAAGGAAUCGAUAGUAGCUCUGGAACCAAAAGUGAUAGUACCUUAACACUAGCUCAGUCUAUUUCUGAUUGGUCCGCUAGCACAAGUCAUACAUUAAUAGCUACUGCCCGAGAAGAUCAACUAGAAGUCGAAGAUGCCAAGUCAGAUGACACCAUAAAAAAAGAAGCGGCUUUGUCAUUAGACGAUAAGCAGGAAACUGAAGAAAAUUAUUCAAAGAAAACAUCAAUAACCAAAGAACUUCCAAAUCUUAUGCCUGUGCUGCGUUUAACCGCAAAUUACGCUAGCAAAACUGACAAGUCUUCGUCAAUUAGCUACAGUGAUAAAUCUGAUAAAUCAAGCUCCAGUUCUCUAAGCAGUCUCCAAAAGAAUCCUGAUGCAGUGCUACGAUUCGAGCAAAGACUAAAAGGCAUAGCAAACGUUAAAGAAGAUGAUCAGGAAAGAUACCAAAAGGCUCCACCUAAAAGUUUGAGCUAUGAAGAGCAAACAUGCCGUUAUACGAAACCUACUUUACGUUGCCAAAGCGAGGACAGUGGGUUCAAAACAUUUUUUGUAGGGGCACAACCUGAGUUGGACAUCGAUAUACCAUCUCAGUUAUAUAGCCAAGAAGAAAAACACAGUGAACGGUAUCAAAGCCAAGAAUUCUCCAACAUUAUUCGUGAAGAUAUAGGUAAUCAAUUUAUACGGUCUGAUUACAAACCUUUAGCCAAACAUGCCAGCUAUGACGACAAAACAUUAUCAAAGAAUCAAAUAAAAGAAUACAAAAUAUCUCAACAAUAUCGCACCAAGCCUAAGAGUUGGUCUUUUCAUGAACAUUACUUAACUUCCUCCGAACUGCCUGUUAUUGCUGUUCCAGAAAUACCAUCCGUGCACCGGGAUUUAUACGAUAAAAAACCCGGGGAACGAUCUGGAAAAACCCCUUUGUCUCGGUGCUCGCCUUAUUAUUCUAGCAGCCUGAGUUCAGAGUCUCCCCCAAUACAGCCUAUAAAAGCCCCCGUCAAAAAAUCUUUGUUGGCGCGGAAUAUAUCGCUCAAAAGUCCUCCUAGCGGAAAUGAUACUGACAGCUCAUUGGACGUCAUUAGAGAUCCAAGAGAGAGAAUGAAAACAUUUAGAAGAAAAAAACAGGUUACGGGCACACGAAAGAGACAAGAAAAAAUUCAAGACGUGUUAGAAGAAGAUUCUACUAAGAGCCAGUGUUCUUCUGAAAGUGACAAGCUACAAUGCACGAAAUAUUUGGCCGUAGAAGAAACGCUACGUCGCAUGGAGAGUUCCGAAUGCUCCGAUAGUUAUAUUCCAGAAGUCGAAUCAGGAUCUUCUGAAAUAUCAAAAGCUGAUUCUAAAAACUAUGACAUUGCUGAGCCAGUGAGUUAUUCAGAAGAUGAUGAACAAGGAGACUAUAUGCAGUAUAAAAAAUCGCCUUACGAUGCACAACAGUUUCCCAUUAAUAUUACUCCAGUACAAUUUCAAGGAUUUGGGUCUUCCGCUGAUGAAGAUGAGAUGGGAUUUCCGCGGUUUGAUAGAUUGGGUCGUCUAAGACAUCCUUAUUUGGAUUCUCAGGAACCAUCGUAUGUGCCAGAAGAUAGUCCUCCUCGCCUAUCUUAUUCAAACAAAAGUAGUCGUCAGUCGUCUUUAAAGAAAUCUAAAUCGUCUGGUGUGUUCAGACAAUCCGACGAAAAAUCUCUUGGAGAAUCACCUGGGCAGGUUCAGUCUCGAACGUCGUUUUUUGCAGAACAAAGCGACAGAGAUGAUUCGGACGAUUACGCUUACCCAGUAGAUACCAUUAAAAGAGCUCCAAAGAUAUCUAAAUCAAGCAGUUACCUUUUUGCACGUGGAGAUUCGAUGGUUUAUUCUGAUUCAGAGUUGCCUCAGGAUAAAGAUGAAUAUGAACGAUAUCGAGGUAGUCCCUAUCCUGAGCAAUACGAUGACAUGGGUAUGUAUCAAACCCAAGAGUGUUACCCGCAAUAUGAACAUGAGCUGCGUGAGGUUGGCGAAUCGGGCCAGGAACAUUACUCGAGAGAUCUGGAUCAACGGUUCAGUCUUAAUAACGUCGAAAGAUUCUAUUCUAGUCAUUACGUUGACUCUCAGGCAUCCAGUGAUAGCCCUGAACAAAAAUUUGACGUCUCUACACUCCCUCCGCCUCUAUGUUCUGAAGAUGAAAAUGAUGAAAAUGUAUAAAAAAAUCUUUAGCUCUAAUUGGUCGGUUAUUCUAAUUCGUUGAUAUCAUUCAAUAUACGUGAAUGUUACUUAUUUACUCUGCGUUUCAAAGCGUUUUAAUCUAAUUAACACAAUUGUUAUAUAUAUAUUAGAUAUAGAAUAGGGUAAUUUAUUAUAUUAUUUGUUAAACAGAAAACUAUAAGAUUGUUAGGCCGUGUAUCGUUGCUCACGUUGCGUCUUACCGUCCGGCUGACCGUAGUUAGUGUAACUCUGAUGUGGUUGAUAUCCCUACAGCUGUCUGUUUCUAGUCGCGUAGCUUGUUUCUAUUCACAUCGACAUCGUGUUAAUAUCUGUUUGACCUGAUGGUUGCCACUGAACUUUAAUUUUGCAAUAAAAUGAAAAGCAUAAAUAGGUCUAGUCGCGUCCUGAAGCAAGACAAGUUUGACACAGGAUAUAGGUUUAUGCGGUUAACCGGGCGAUACGCCGCAUAGAGCAUACGAACCCUAGCCAAUAGUCCCAACACCUAUGGACUAAUAUGAUAACACAAAUUAUUUUUCACUACACCAUCAGCUUGGCUCUCUUUAAUAUUCAUAAACUAAUGAGAAAGUUGCAUUUUAUCCAGAAGAGUGGCAAAGUAAGUUGAAGUGAAGAAGUGAGUGGUUUUCUGAUGUUGGCUGGUUGAAUGUUAAUUUUGAAUGAUAAAUAUUUAAUAGUGUUGAUUUGUAAUGUUUUAGAGUUAGUAGUUUCUUGGCGUUGGUGUGAUGAAAAAUUUUGUUUAUCACUCGGUAGCAAAGUUUGUUUAACCCUAGCCUUGACACUCUCGCAACACUUAAGAUUUCACUUUUCGAUCCUACGCUCGUGGUUCAAUUUUGGAAUCUUUUGCUUGCUUGGGUAUCAAUAUUAGCACGAUAGGUUACACAACAACUUUGCACCCAUUGUUUUACAACUGUAUGUAAUCUCUGUUUCUGAUCCCUGAUAUUCUACACCAAACUUCGCGUACAGUGUAGGCUGGGCCGUUGCCUUCCUUCAAUAGUGUUGUGCGACACUAACUACAAAACAUGUCUUGAAACUUUGUAAAUAACUCAGUGCAAUUAGUUUUACUACUAUGCUUUGAUGGAGGUUUUUACUUGUCUUCUACGAAUUCCUUGAUCGGAAGCGGUAUGUAGGUAUUAUUAACAAAGGAUCCGAUCGAAAUCGUGUUUCUUAACACAGGUAACUUAGGUGUUUAGUGCCUUGCGUCGACACAGUUUUUAUUAUGCUCCGAACACUAAUAUGCGUAUGUAACACUAAUAGUUCGAUAAAAGAGCGAACUAGGUUGCCUGUCGGUUUUAAGCGGAACACAUCACAUUAAUUGUGAGCUUAUAGUCCUUAAUACCGGAGAUGUAGAAACAGAAAUUACGGUUUAUCAAACAACGUGACAAUGGAUAUACAGUCAGUAUCAAUAGUAGCGGAUGAAGCAACGCGACAAAAGUAUCUGCCUAAAGUGUGAAAUUCCUGAAAUGAUUUUUAAGCCUAAGAUCCUAAUGUAACAUGUUUUGGUAAUGUAGGAUGAUCGACUACCUCAAUGUAGGUGAUAUUAUUACAUAGAUUUGAACCUUAAAACCACAACGAUACAGUCGCUUUUUAAACGACAUUGUUGCUUUGGCACGCGCUCAACACGGAAGCCCACCGCUCGCACAAAGAAGCAAUGGCUUUUGUUUAACAGAUUGGGGUUGUAGGCGAAAAAUCAUUUGAGAAAAUUUAUGCUAUAAUUACCUCUAAUAUUUUUUCUAACUAGAAAUAAAUCGCUACAGGUCGCAUUCAAUAUUAUUUGAUACAGUUUAAUUAUUCUACAACAGAGGCACGUCUCUUUUUGUUAAGCUAUUUGACAAUGGCAGAUACUUUUGACGCGUAGUGUGAUCCGCUACUUUUGAUGCUGACUGUACUAUGGCCGAAUUUUAUAAUCGCAUAUGUGUAAUAGGCUGCUAAUGAAAAUAAUUGUACUAAGCGAUGAUUGUUAGUAAACAAUUAUGACUUAAUUAGAAUUCUUUAAAGUUUCUGAAGCCAAAGCUUUAUAAUACAGGACUGUAACAAAUUAACUAGUGCCAAAUUUUAUCUUGAUAUUUUUAGGAUUAAAAAUAGUGACCUUCAAUUGUAUAUGGAAAACCGAUAUAUCCAUGAACAGCGACCGUUUUUGUAAGAUCUAAGUAGCGAAUAGAAAAGUAUUAUUUUUAAACGGUUAUGUCUCAUGGGUAUCGUCUUAAUAAUCGAGCAGUGAGUAAUUUAAAUGGCUGUGAUUUAAUUUACGUGAUCCAAGAUUGAGUUAUUAGUACAUUGUGUAUUAAGGGCGGUAAACAAGAAUUUCCGAACAAGUGUACAUUUUAAUUAACACGAGUCUGUAAUUCUUGUACCGCCCGUGGCAAACACAAUAUUUUUCAUCACACUUGUGAGGAAAAAACUAAAUUUUAAGCCAAAUAUUCCUAAAUACGGUGACAUUUCAAACAUUCGUCCACAAUAUUGUCAUUUUUACAGGUUAGGUAUUGAAGUCACAGACCUAUCCGGCAUUCAGCCACGAUUGAAAAAUGGGUAAAAAUAUUUUAAACGGCUAUUAAAUUAAUCAAAUUAAAUAUUAUAGACAUACACAAAAAUAAAACAUCAGUCUUCUUCUUCCUCGCGUUGUCCCGGCAUUUUGCCACGGCUCAUGGGAGCCUGGGGUCCGCUUGACAACUAAUCCCAAGAUUUGGCGUAGGCACUAAUUUUUACGAAAGCGACUGCCAUCUGACCUUCCAACCCAGAGGGUAAACUAGGCCUUGUUGGGAUUAGUCCGGUUUCCUCACGAUGUUUUCCUUCACCGAAAAGCAACUGGUAAAUAUCAAAUGAUAUUUCGUACAUAAGUUCCGAAAAACUCAUUGGUACGAGCCGGGGUUUGAACCCGCGACCUCCGGAUUGCAAGUCGCACGUUCUUACCGCUAGGCCACCAGCGCUUCUUAACUAACUAAAAAUAAAACAUCAGUAAUUUAAUUAAACACAAAACUGAUUUUUACCUUCUUGAAAAAAAUGUAUGCCCAAUAUGCCCAUGAGCGCAAUGAAAAAUAAAUAUUAUGCUAGUGGGCAUAAUAUAGUUCAUUCCAUCUCAGUAUGCUGGCAUACAAUAACACCAACGACGGGCAAGUGUGAUGAAAAAAGGUAUAAUGUUCACUGCUCAGAACGAAAGAUAUAGCUAUUUUAUUUAUAGUUAUUAGUCACUUGAUCUCGUAUGACUUAGUUUAAAGCACAAAUAUGUUAUCAUCGAAGCUUUUUUCAUAUAUUCAUGACAAGUCGGUAACUUAACCUUACAGCCAAUUUUUAAAUAUGUGCUUGAAAUAUUAUUUCAUGGGCAUGUGCCCAGUCUGAGGUAUCUCUUUUUUAUUAAAUGGAGUUCAAUAUAUCCUCUUCCGUUACUUAAAAUCCUUAGAAAAAGAGAUACGGCUAAUGGCGUAAGAGUCUUCUAUUUUAAUACCUAUGAUUGACAUUAACCCAUCAUACCUACGUUAAUUUUACACCCGUAUUUUUCUAAUAUUGUCUCGAUUACUAGAAAAAGUUUUAUUUACGUUGAUUUAUUUCAUUUACCCGUCAACAUUUUGAUAUUGUUCUUCUUAAACGUCAUUACCAUUAUUUACAUUAAUACUACUAGUUACCAAAACUAUACAGAAGUCAUGUUUAUUAUCGCAAUAUACAGUCAUCGAAAUUCGUCAUUAAAUAAUUUCAGUAAUAUACAUGCCAUAGUUUAUACAAAAUUAAAAUUAAAUCGAUAAUAUUCUUUGCGGUUUUUAACGACGAUAUUAAUAGACUAUUUUACUAUUGAGUAAAGCAGCAACAACCAAACGUUUUUUUUACUACGAAAGUAGUAAGAUAGAGGCAGACCAUGUUAAGUUAGCAGCGAUUUUGAUGACACAGACAUUGCAAGUGUUACUUUAAAUUUCUAUGAAAUGACGUUUAAAACAACACUUGCACAAUCUGAGCUAUCAAAAUUGCUGCCAACUUAGCUUGGACUAACUCUAGACGCAUCGUUUGGUAUCACAAUAUAUAAUGUAAAGAGAAGAAUAUGUCUCCUGCUCUCUCUCUCUCUCUCUCUCUCUCUCUCUCUCUCUCUCUCUCUCUCUCUCUCUCUGUUUUAGUGAUUUAAAAUCAUUGAAUGGGAAAAAGACGUUUGACCUUAUUUUUUCACAUGACUGAUGUUAAACAAUCUAACUUAAGUAUCUAUAGUAAACUAGCCUAUUCUACGUGAUGCAAAAGGUGCACAAGAAUCUGAAAGUAUGUUAUUUAUGCUAUAUUACAAUGCAUUGUUGAGAUGUCGCCAAUUUUGAGUGAUUUUGCCAUCGACUGGGUGACAUUACAUGUUCGAUUAACUAAUGAACACAUCGGCAUUUUCGCACAAUAUAUUAAUGCUUGAAUUAGUCGUAAUGUUAAUUUAAGAUGAGCACGAGAACGGUAACUAGACUACGUAUAGGUUAUUUAAAAAUAUCUCAUCCCCUAUACAAAAUGUUUAGGAUAGAUUGGUAGUUCUUAUCUCAUGUUUGAUCUUCCGAGUCAUUGCGAAAAUUGUUGCUUGAUUCAUAUAUGUGCGUCAUUGACCUGCGGGACCUUAUCGGAGUGCCAAAUAACCUGAUUGAAGAAUGUGUUAGAAUAAUUUCUAUAACGAUCUGUGAAACCUGUAGUAAGUAAAUCUACUUCCGUACUUUUAAUAGAGCUCUCUUUUUGGCUUCAACGAUAUAUUAUAAGCUUCAAAAUGUUGAAUGUAAACGUUAAAUCUUCUGGUUGCAAUUUAAGCAAAUGAUAGGACUCUUAGUCACGUCGAUGCAAUUAAAAUAAACGAGAUGAUGUGUCUAGCAUCUAGCCCAUUCGGCGUCGAAAAAUGCGGUGACACGUGGCACCCUUAAUUCGCUUUUCAUUGUCAUUGCGAUAAAAACUGAUAUUUGGCCCUUGUUAUACGAGGGUUGCUACUUAUAUAUCCGUAAACAAAAAAACAAACAAACGUACACGGCUUAAAAUGGUUUUAUUGUUUUUCAAAGUAUUCCCCUUGAUGAUCUAUGCACUUUUGCAUUCGUGUGAACCAAUUUUUGAAGCACUUCUGCCACUCCGCCUGAGGUACCUCCAUAACGUGUUGUUUGAAUGCGUCGACAGCAUCUUCAGCGGUCGAAAAUAGUUGACCGCGUAAUUUAUUUUUUAUAUUGGGAAAUAAAUAAAAAUCAAUCACUUUAGACUCAAAGCUCAAAUUUAUUUCACAUAUAGAUCAUAUUACUGCAAAAGCUUAUGAGCAGUUGGGUUUGAUACUUCAGCUCUCUAAACCCUUUAAAGACCCUAAUACUCUAAAGAUAUUAUAUUCCUCUUACGUCCGUAGUGUUUUAGAAUUCGGUUGCAUUGUUUGGACUCCCCAAUAUACAGUUCAUAAAACGCGAAUUGAAAGAAUUCAAAAUAAAUUAUUAAAGUCACUUAACUUCCGCCAUGGUUUGAAUCUGUCUGAAAGUACCAGCAUACGGCACGGUCUCACGCCAUUAGUCGGACGCCGCGUAUAUAUAGACCAAAUGUUUUUAUAUAAGCUUUUAUAUAACUAUAUUGACUCUCCUGAUCUUCUUGCAAAAUUAUUUUUAAAUUGCCUCGUCGCAUUCCCACUCGCCACCCCCAAACAUUCCAUAUUAGCUUUUGUGGCUCUAAUUUUGCCAAGCAUACUUUUUUAGACGAGCCUGUCAUGAUUACAAUGAUAAAUUUUCAAAUUUAGAUAUUUUUUCAUUAUCAUUUUGUAAAUACAGUAGCAUUCUGCGAAGUUCAAUCUUUUCUUUAUAAAUAUUGUAUGUUUUCUUUUAAGUACCUAGUAACUAUAUAUUAUUUGCACGCAUAACAACUAUAGCGAUACAUAUAUUUUUAAUUAUUUUGUAUACCAUUUUAAAUUCUGUACUAUGUCAUGCAUUUAAUAAUUACCUACCGAUGUUUUGAAGUCCCUGUAUGCGUGACAGACAAGAAGAUGCCUAACACCUUCCCUGUUUCGAUCUGUAAUUUACUAUGUAUUCUUUUAUUUUCAAUGGAACUAAAGGUCUGUUUGUUAUCACUUAAGCUUAUAUAUAUUAAUAUGUGACUGUUUCCUAAAAAAAAAAAAAUAAUCAUUGGGUGCCAAGUCAGGGUUGUACGGCGGAUGACCCGUUAAUUCCACAUUUUGACCUUCCAAAAAUAGAGUUGUUUCGUGUGACGUAUGACAGCUGGCAUUGUCAUGAGGAAGAAUGAUUCUUCGUCGCUGGUUAGUUUUACGAAUUUGUUCAAAUACUUCCGGUAAGCAAAUGGUCGUGUACCAAUCUGAAUUAACCGUUUUACGGUUUUCUAGUGGCACUGUAGCUACAUGGCCAUUAAUACUGAAGAAGCAGGCCACCAUUUGUUUCAAUGUACUUUUUGCACGAGUAACUUUCGUAGGGUUCGGCUCAUUUUGAAACACCCAUACCGUUGAUUGUUGCUUCGUUUCGGGUUCGUAUGCAUAGAUCCAGGAUUCGUCACCUUUGAGUCACCACGGUUAUAUUUUUUUAACAUUUUAUUGCACCAUUCGACGCGAGCAUCUUUUUGCUCCUUAGUUAAGUUGUGCGGUAUCCAACGCGAACAAUUUUAUUUUACAGCUAAAUGAUCAUGUAAUAUGCUAUUAAUGCUAGUCAUAGAAAUACCCAGAGUCGCCUCUAUCUCGCGGUACGUAACAUGUCGGUCGUCCAUUAUAAGUUUUCGCACAGCCUCAAUAUUUUGUGGUACAACGACCGAUUUCGGGCGACCUGCCUUAAUUUCGUCCGUAAGCAUACUACGUCCACGAUUGAACUCACUAAACCAGUGAUACACAGUAGUUUUAGAUGGAGCUUCAUCACCAAAAGUUGAAGUUAGUUGAUCUAUGCACUGUUGUUGCGUUAAACCACGCCGAAAAUCAUAAUAAAUCAUAGCACGAAUAUUUUCACGAGUGAGUUCCAUUCUUGCAGCGAGAUGACAUUUAAAACCCGUCAAAAACAAAACACUAGCGUUAAUAAGAAAGAAAAAAUAUACCGGCCAGUACUUAAAAAGUUCAAAUUUUACCAUGGAGGUCAAAUAUACUAUUUAAUAAGAUUGUAAUCCUGGUUUCCGAAUAUAUAAAUAGCAGCCCUCGUAUAUGUAUUUUAAGAAGCGCACCUGAUGAAAAAUUAUCGCUCUCGUUUUAUGUAUGAAUCAGGUUCCCCUUUUAGAAUUUGUAUGUGAAAGGCUAGUAAUAAUAAAAAUGUGCUAUUUUAGGAGUUCUUCAAGAUAGGGUACUAUUUCGGUAGGUAGAUACACUAUCCAUUAUAUAGUAAAAUUUACUAGUAACUGUACAUUCACAAGAUACUUAUCAUGUAAUUUCGCGUAUUGAUUACAAACAGACUACUAAACUUAUUUGAGAAUUAGUAUUCCAAUCAACAUUAUUCUCUAACCUAUUUAUUUUAAAGAUAUCUGUAAUCAUAAAUCAUAACAAAGUGAGAGAGGUAGCUUAAUAAAAUGCUUUGCCUAAAAAGGUUUAUUUAUAAAAAAAUGACCUUAUUAGUUUUUAAGAAACCCAAUAAGACUUUAGCACUCGGGGCGCGAGUAGCAGUCUGUUUAUCGGUUGCCUGAUCGGUAGCUUUCCCAAACCGUCGAUUGAUAUUAUAACUACGCCAUCAAGUAGAUGUAGCGAUCGGUGCAGCUGCAACCAGAGGACCCCGCGAGCCAACAUUCCUGUUUCUUUACGUCUACCUUUACUUUGGUCUGCAAGAUAGCGAAUGUAUUGUAUAUAUUGGUGAAAUAGUAUGUUCUUAUUUUACAUAAACACUAGAGCACAAGUCGGCGCUGCCUGCUGGUUCACCGUCCGCUUUAUAAAUUAUAACCGUGGGAUCAAUAAACAUUACUUAUGAGAGUUAUGUUAUGAACAAGGCGACCUAUGUUUUUACGACAUACCAUACUUAAAUCAUACUCGCCAACCAAUUAAGACGUAUUCAAAAACUGGAUAUUUUUCAGAUAUGCUAUCCAUUAAACGACAUUGGAAAACUACCAUACGGCAUCCAGUCUAUUAACUAUCGUUGUCAGCAUUGUCGCUUUGGUUUCAUUGUUCCUUAUUUCCGUUUUACCUCUAAACCCCUUAUUCAUUAAACUUUACAAGCCUCAAUAACACUAUAAUGAACUAGAGUAAGUAAGCUUCGCACGGGUUACACAAAUAAAUUAUUCCUAAAUCUUCCUCAAGAAUCACUUUAUUGAUGAUACUCUACUGAUUGGUAUUGGUGAAAAUCGCAUGAUAAUCCGUUGUUUAUGAGUUUAUCUAGAACAUACAUACACACAGAUGCGGCGGGGGAUUUUGUUUUAUAAGGUGUAGUGUAGUGGCGUGCCUAGAGUUUUGGAGUAGGGCAAGCCGAAAGAUAUGUUUUGGUAAUAACCUGUCCAAUCUUCACUUUUUGCACUCAAAUGUAUUUGCUAGCCAGUCGAGGCGAACUAAUCACUGCGCACUGAGGUACCUACUAUACUACUAAAUAGAAUUUUACAAACAUAUUAGCAAUUAUAAACUUAUCUUUAUCGCCCCAGAUAAAUUAUAUAAGUCGUCAUAGCCAGAAGCAUUUCAAACGUUAAUGUCGUUCGAAAAAAUAGGCAACACCAGCAAUAGAUACAUCUUAUUUGUAUGGGAUCAACUAAGAAUCCAAGGUAAAUUUGUUUUGUAACCGGUCGUUGCCCUACAUUAUUUUCUCCUAUUAUGUGACUGACUUGUCUGAGAAAUACACAAGUCAGGUGUUUUGGCGCAGAAAUGAUAUCCAGUUUUUCUACGAAGUUUAACAACUUUACCUUGCCUUCGUUGAGUAAUACGUGGACGCAUCUAAUCACACAAGGGACAACUUCAUAUAUUGUUAACGAAUUAGACACUUAAACAAUAAACAAAUAAGUCCACACUCACUGAUUCACUUAAAAUAUAUUAAACAAUAGAAUAGUAUUUCGACUAGUCAAAUAAUAAUACACUUGAAGUUGUUUAGUAAACGCGCGCUCGUGCACAAUUAUGCAGCUAACUUCACACUAAAAGCCCGGCUUAAUUCGCCCGUAUAAGAUUGCUAUACAUACCAACAAAUAGUUUUAAAUUCGUUAUAUGGCAGUUUGUAGGCUAGAGCGCCUAGAGCGGGACGAAAAAGCAAGCCCGGACGCAAGCCAACGAGUGCGAGCAGGAUAGAUCAGAGGGCCUACCGCGAAACACGUUCGAUGGGUUGCCUCCCUGUCACACUUACGUACAUAUUAUAAGUGCGACAGAGAGGCAACACGUCGAACGUGGUUCGCGGUAGGCCCUCUGGAUACAUCGUACGACUGGUUUCUUUUGCGCGGACGAGGUGCCACAGCAAUAAUUUUCAUCACGCUCGCGCCGCGGUGGCAUGAAUUCAAUAAUACGAGUUCUUUUGGCGCGCUGUUUAAAAAUAAUCUAUAUUGAUCUUAUCACUACGUAAUUUCGGUAAGGCAACUAAGGCAAGCCCGGCUUUUGGGCUUGUAUGGAAGUACCGCCACUGGUGUAGUGAUUGUACGCUGCUUAUAUCGAUACUAACUUAAUUAAGAAGUUUAACAAUAUUUUAAAUUUCAAUAAUCCACAAGGACAAUCAAUAUUCACAAUAAUUUUGUAUAUCCUAAAAACAACAUGUAGGAUACAAAUAAAAGUACUCCUCAAUUAGUUAUUUUGUUUCAUCCCUAAAGUCUCAGAAGUACAGAACUAUUAAUAUCACAAACGUUUUAAAAAUAAGUCCCAUCGACAAGUAGGUAUUUUAAAUAUUUGGGUAUUACGGCAAUUGGACCAUGUGAAUGACGGUCAUUCGGCCAUUUUAAGAUGGACAUUUUGGGGCAACUAGGAAAUAUUUUUUUAAUUUAGGAUAAAUUAUGUAAUUUUGGUACUAUGAAUCCAAAGCGCAUUAUCCUAUAUUGGUCGUGCAUAUAAUAUCUUCUCACCACUAUUGCUUGCGUUGGUUAGUUGACUUUUAAGUCUUAAUAAAUCGACAAGAAGGUCAACAUCGAAAUUACGGUUAUUUCUGUAAAAAAAUAUAUACCUAACUGCGCCAAAAUUGUUACACACAUUUUCUGGCUUUACAUUGACGAUACAAAUCUCUCGUUAGUACCUACUAAAAACAUUUCAAUCAUUUAAUACGUAAUACUUUUUACAUUUUAAAUCAAUGACUGAAUAAACACACUACGAGCACAUUGUACAGACAUAUAUCAUAAAAAAAAACCGGCCAAGAGCAUGUCGGGCCACGCUCAGUGUAGGGUUCCGUAGUUACUCUUCCGUCACAAUAAGCUAAACUGGAGCUUAAAGUAUAGUAAAUUGUUAACCAAGGGAUGAAAAGGUUCCUUUCACCCAAGUUGAACAAAUAGACAAAUUUGCAUAAUCAGUACCUCAUUAAAGUCUUUUUACUAUGAAGGGAAAACUUUUUGCGAUAACUCAAAAACAGCUAAACUGAUCAUGUCCGCUAUAGUUUUCAUUUAAUGUCUUUCUUAAGCUCUACUUCCACGAUUUUUUUCAUAUUUUUUGGACCUAUGGUUCAAAAGUUAGAGGGGGGGGGAGGGGGGGGACACACAUUUUAUUUUUCUUUCGGAGCGAUUAUCUCCAAAUAUAUUAACUUUAUCAAAAAAUGUUUCUUGAAAACCCCUAUUAGUUUUGAGACCUUUCCAACGAUACCCCACACUCUAGGGUUGAAGCGAAAAAAAAAUUUCACCCCCACUUUACGUGUAGGGGAGGUACCCUAAAUAACAUUAAAUUUUUAGAUUUUAUUGUACGACUUUGUCGGUUUUAUUGAUUUAUAUAUCCAUGCCAAAUUUCAGCUUUCUAGCACUAACGACCACGGAGCAAAGCCUCUGACAGACAGACAGACAGACAGACAGACAGACAGACAGACAGAUGGACAUGGCGAAACUAUAAGGGUUCCUAGUUGACUACGGAACCCUAAAAAGUAACGUUAAAAGUACUUAGCAUAAGAAAGCUUCAAUGAUAUGAAUGUGUAUAGCUCCAAAUCAGAAUAGAGUAGUAGAUUAGUCUAAGCUAACUUUGUAUUCACUUGUGGCUAACAGAAUAAAGUGUACGAGUGUCAUUAUAAACGUUAUAUUUUCAUACAAAAUGUCACAUUCAUGAUGACAUCGCUACACUUUGUCAUUGCAAAUGCCAUGCAGAGUUAGCUUGGUCCGACUGUACUAUGUAGCUAAUGAGUACCUAUUCACAUAAGUACAGUCAAAGAAUUAAAUGUUUGUAUAAUUUCGUACUAAUAAUAUUGUAACGUACGAAUGUGACAAGGUACGAAAUGAUACAGAAAACAAAUUCCUUGACCGUGCAUGUACCUAAUUACUGAAACAAUAGGGAAUCCGACAAAAUCAAAAUAAAUUAUUUCACAUUUACCAAUAAAAUAAGCUUUAUAGUACAGUCAGCAAAACAAUUAGCUUAGCACCCCUGCAUACAAAUAUGUGACAGCACACAGAAUGAAACUAUUUUAUUAUUAUUGGUAUUUGGUUACAUAAUAGUUAUUUACGAUACAAGUGCGAAAAAUAGGAAAUUACCUAUUUGCACAUGUAUCGUACAACAUUUUACAGUACAUAUGGCCCUUUAAUUUUUCGAUAUAGUUAUAUAAUGUGCUAAUUUACGCGCUAGUGCGGAAAAGUAGCACCAUAUGUACUGUAAAGUUACAUAAUAGAUUCAGUUUUACUAAUGGUAAGGUACACUGUGUGCAUUAAGGUCGAGGAAUGACAAACAUCAUACUGCCAGAUCGUUUUGUCAUUUCGAAAAAUUGUACAUUACUGCAGAGGCCGUGAAGUAAGGGAUUGCAGGACGAGAUUGCGGUAGAGAUCUCGUUGAGAGAUCGGUAAUGAGUCCUGCAAUCCCUGUUCCGGCCAAGGAUUGUAUAAUGCUUUUCUCAAACAAUGUAAGAAAAUAUUAUAAUUAAAAUAACUACUAAGUAAUCAAGUAAUGUAAAUUGCCGCCUUUUUUAUUUUUAAAACUUGACAUUUGAAAAAGCUAUUCGAGCACCAUGUUUAACCGCUUAUAAAUGUAGUAAGUAUGCUUACAGAGAGUGGUCGUUGGCUGUACGAGGUCUGGAAAAUCGAAGUUCGUCAAUUGCGGGCAUUUUUUUCUGUCACGCUAAUUACAUCUUAGUAAGAGUAAAAGAGAAAGAUCCCCGCAAUUUGCGAAUUUCGAUUUUCCCGGUAGGCCCCCAGAUCAAAAAAUAAGGUGAAUUGUCAAAUUUCGCGGGCUACGUACAUUCGAUUAUCGAUUUUUUCGACACUCGUCUCGAACAUAUGUUCACAGUUUUAGCUAUGUAGUACAUUUAGUUUGUUUGUAAGAGUCAUAAAAGUUAGAAGUGUUUUGCGUGUUCGGCGAUUUUCUGCUGUCGAAAAACAUGGAUCAAAGAGUUUGCAUUAAAUUUUGUCAUUGCUUGUUCGUAAUUUUUUGGCCAAAAACAACACCGUAAUCAUGCCUCAGCCACCGUAUUCCCAAGAUUGAAGAGACCCAUGAAAGGACGGCGUUUUGAGACGAUUGAAGAGAUACAAACCGAAUCGCUGAGAGAGCUCAAGAGCAUACCAAAAAGUGCACAUCAGAACUGUUUCGAGGAUUGGAAAAAACGCUGGCACAAGUGUGUUAUAUAUCUGAGGGAGACUACUUUGAAGGGGACAAAAUAGAAAUUGAUGAACAAUAAAUAUUUUUUGGGAAAAAGGAAAAUUCACCUUAUUUUUUGAACAGUUGAACAGAACUCGUAUGUAAUAUUUCCUUUGUCAGUCUAAUCUUAGUGAGCAAAUGUAAAAAGUUAGAGCAGCGGACAAUAAUGUACGUUUCAUACUAACUCCCUACAUUUCUUCUUGGCCUAGGUCAAGUAGUAAUCUAAGGAGCCAUAAAUGAGCAACUUCAUGGCUUCAUUUCGUGACAUUAACGCAUACAUUUCGGACCUAUGUUUGAGAAAAGUAUAUUGAUCCCCUAUUUUUCUUAGUUUGUGCAAGUUAGAUAGGUCCAUAGAAUAUAUUUAUACCAGUAUAACCCUAUCAACAGUUAUAAGAGAAUGAAGGUUGAAAAAAAAAACAGAUUAAGUUCGCUUAUUCAUUAAGUCAUUCAGAAACACCAAAUAGUAAUUAAGUUCUUCAGUUAAAUCCGAAAAGAAAACGACAUCUGAGCCACGUCUUUUACAGUAUUCGGAAUCUAAAGAAGCUGUAUCAUUGUCAAUUAAAAAAAGUUGAAAUAGAGUACUUCUUCGAAAUUUUAAAAUUUAUGUGUGCACCCAUUAAUACUUAUCGGUAUCAUUGCCAUCAAAGUGUAUUAAAGUCUAGCCCAAGAGAUAUUUGACUUCAAUAAAGAAUACUAGUAUGUAAUACUUCGUAACUAUACAUGAUAGUUUAUUGUCGUGUGAAGAGCUUUCUCAUCUCUUUUUUCAUUCAGGCUGUGAGUUUACUUGUGGAGUCCCGUGUCUAGACGGUCCUUAUGCGCUCGGAGCAUAAGGACCCUUUAGGCAUGGAACGUUACAUUUAUUUUAUACUUCGACCCACCCCGGCUUUGCACGGGUUAACAAAUUAUACAUCUAAACCUUCCUCAAGAACACUUUAUCAAUAGGUGAAAACUGCAUGAAAAUCCGUUCAGUAGCUUUUGAGUUUAUCGCGAACAUACAGAUAUAUAGACAGACAGACGCGGCGGGGGACUGUGCAGCCGUAUCAAAAAAAUGUUAUACAGAGAAAAUAGAGCGAGUAGAAUUUUUGUUUGUAAAAAAAACAAAUAAUCAAAUAUCUGUCUAGUACAAUUUGUAGAAAAUAGUAUCAGACAGAUAUACAUGCCUAAUGUUCAUAUUGUUCGUGACAAAUUUCAUGUUAUUUCACGUUCGUGUCACAAUUCACCUCUUAUUACAAUUCGGAUACCUUGGAAUUUUAAGUAAUAUUACAUAGAGGACGGGGAACGAAGGGUUGCAGGCCAAGUAGAUAUAGACGGCCGAGCGUAGCGAGGUCAGUUAGGGAGACGCGGCCGGCAACCCUGUUUCCCGCCGAGAUUUGUAUAGUGCUUUGCUCAAACUUGCAAUGAAAUAAUUAAAACAAAAUAGGAUGAUGAUGAUGAUUGUUUCAUGUCCUAAUGUGAUAGGUUAUUCAAUUUAAUAAUUUGGCGCUACCACGGACGCCAUUACGCUUUUUUUUUCUUUUUCUUUCUUUUGUGUGUUUUUUUGUUACCUAAAAUUUGAUUAUUUUUACGCUAAGACGCACGGUUUAGGAGAUACAUCCCUAUAAAGAUUUCUGCAUGACUGAAAAAAAUAAAACUUUUUAGGGCUGUAUCUCCUAAACCGUGCGUCGUAGCGCAAAAAUAAUGAAAUUUUUGUUCCCCUUUGAAUCCCUGAAAUAAUAUAUAACAAACACAAAAAAAAAGAAAAAAAAAGCAUACUGACAGAAUUCUGUUUAUAGGUUUUUUACGGUUGAAUGCCAAGACGUGCCAUAAUUUGACGUUUAAAAACAAAAGAAGGUUGCCUUACAGCCUUACACGCUGUAUGAAAUUCCUUUACAUAUCAUCUUCACUCAUCGCACCUGAUAUGUAGUAUUUCCGGACUUAAUUUGAAGUAAGCCAUGUCAACAUUUCAUUACAAGUUUGAGAAAAAAAUUAUUAAGAGUCCCGACGCUCUAAAGCCGACUUUCACGGGUACAGUGAGACCGUAAUAGGCUAUUAUUCACGAAAAAAAAAGAAGUGUAAUGUCACAAUAAUAUACUGCAGUGAAUGUUUCUGUAUGUGAGUUUUUGCUGGGGGCAAUGGCAGGAUAAUUGUUUGCUAAGUGAACGAAAUGCUAAUGUCUCUGUAUUACUCUUCCAUAUUAGUGCGAUGAAGAAGAGAGGCGUUUCAUUGUCAAACGAUGUCAUCCUGACUAGGCCUCCAGAUUUAAGAUCAUUGAAAGUGUAAAAGAUAUUUCACUUUAUGUUUCCGAAAUAAAUUAUCAAUCAAUUUAUCUAAAGUAAACAAGCCUAUUGUAACUUUCAAAAUUCUCAAAUUAUUUGACUUAAAAGGAUCGCUGUAAUACUGCCCCACUAUGCAUGAGAACCGUGUGAUUUAGGAAAACCAGUUUAGAUUCGAAAUUGAUUGCGCGAGUCUACAAUAUCAUUGAUGACUGAAUGAGUUUCCAUCAUUACUUAAUACUCGUACUGUUGUUUUGCGUAGUGGGGAAGUAUAGCAAAAAACCUGUAUCAAUUAUGUUUUGUCCUAUUUUAGUAUCUUUUCAUUACGUGGGGUAAGACGAAUAUAGUUUAUUUUCCUCGGGCCAGACAAACACUAUGUGGAUUCCAUACAAGCUGUUGUCUUGGGCCGGUCAUUGUGUUAUUAUUAUAAAUUUGAAAUGUGUUAGUUCUUACUAUAGGAAUUCCAACUCGUUAAUACUUUGUGCGGGCUUAUUUAUAACAAUAGUUCAUAUAUACAUAUAUGCAUAUAAAUGUUGCCCUGGCGCACGGUUCUUCAGAUAGGCCCGAAAUCUUGGUCUUUGAUAUGUUGGACUUACCGCGUGCUGUGUUCGUUCUCGUCAUACACGUUAUACGUCUUACACUCGUACAUUUAUUCGUGCAUCAACCCAAAUCGUCUCGAAACAGCCAAACUAACAUUUAGCUCGAAAACAGCCAAACUAGUUUCAUAAUAUCAUAGUGUUCAAUUAUAUGUAAUGUAAUACUGUCGUGUAUGCACGAAGCAAUUUUAGGUCGGUAGUGGUAAGGGGUUAUCGGCCCACACUGUUAGUGCAAUAAAAAAUGGUAUUAUUAAUGAAUUUAAUGAUAGUUAGAUUUUAAGCCUUUUGACUUUUCGAUUGAAUGUGUACAAUUCCAAUAGACUGUAAUAUUUCCAAUUCAUCAAAUUAUGACUUGUUAACCUUCGCGUAAUUUUGGAUAUUGUUUGGAAAUAUUAGAAUGUUACUCAUUUAUGAAUUUAUUAAUAUUAUGUUUACAUAUAUACCAUGGUCUACAUGUAUUUACAUCGAUGUAAGUGUGUGGCAUUCCUGCAAUACAAGACUCCUCUUUUAAAAGUGGAGUAUAGUUAAAAAAUAAACUAAUUAAACUUACAA